AUGGUCGACCGCCCAAACAAGCCAACAGCGCUUGCUACAACCCCUGGACUCGCACCCCAAGCUCAACUAAACAUCAGCCAUUCAAAUUCCCGUGUUUCUGCAGUCCUGCCGACCGGGGAAUCCGUCGAAAUCCUCCUCUAUGGAGCCACGAUCAUAAGUUGGAAAGAUGCAAAGGGAGAGGAGAAGCUGUGGUUGAGCGAGAAGGCCAAGACAGAUGGAUCGAGUGCUGUGCGAGGUGGGAUUCCUUUGGUAUUCCCGGUAUUCGGUAAAUCUCCCGACCACGCAGCAACAGCCAAACUGCCCCAACAUGGUUUCGCCCGUACUUCGACAUGGGAAUUCCUGGGCAAAUCAACCUCCGAAUCCUCUUCGAGCAAAGAUGGCGGUGACAGCAGCGUGAAGUUGGAUUUUGGAUUGAGCUCCAAUAAUCUGAGCGAGGAGAGCAAGAAGGCGUGGCCAUACGAGUUUGGGCUGAUCUACAGCGUUACAUUGGGUAAGGAUGGGCUGAGAACAAGUAUGGUUGUCAGAAAUGAGGGCGAGUCCGCGUGGGAGUUCCAAGUGCUGUUGCACACUUAUUUCAGAAUCGCGGACAUCUCCAAUAUCUCAAUCACUGGUCUCGAAUCUUCCUCCUACGUCGAUAAACUCACCGUCCCAACCAGUACCACAACCUCCCCAUCUGCACCAGUUACCAUAACCAGCGUGAUAGACCGUGUGUACACCCCUGCUGGUGGUCCCGAAGCUCCUGUCGCUGUUUUGGAAGGAGGAAAGACGAAGUUCAGCAUUGUGCGGGAUAAUCUGAACGAAGUUGUGGUGUGGAAUCCUUGGACCAAUUCGAAGAGCAUAGGGGAUUUUGGACCAGUGGAAGGAUGGAAGAAUAUGAUAUGCGUUGAAGCUGGUGCAGUUGGAGGGUGGCAGAAGCUGGAGGCGGGAGAGACUUGGGAAGGUGGACAAGUCAUUACAGCUGCCAUUUGA